AUGUCGUGGACGUCCAAGCAACUCUUCUUUCUGGUUGCUGGUUUCGCUCUUAAUCUGAUGCUGCUUGUUCAUUCCCAAGAUGAUCAAUCAGACACCGGUGAAAGUAAAUCCACAUCGCCUAGUUACAGUGAUGAGUAUCAACGGCCAUACGAGUCUGUUAGGAGCUUCCCCGAAGGAGCCAGGAAUUGCUACAAGAUAAAUGUUACACGCGGCAACAAAUAUUUGAUCCGAGCAAGUUUCUUAUAUGGGAAUUAUGAUAGCCAAGAUAAGUUACCAGAAUUUGAACUGCACCUUGGACCUAAUUUGUGGGAUACUGUGAGCCUUGAAACCUACGAAUACAUGGACAAAGAGCUCAUAUAUGUCCCACUCCGAAACUAUAUACAUGUUUGUUUGGUGAACACAAGCUCUGGGGUUCCAUUUAUAUCAGCUCUAGAACUCAGAAAUUUAGCUAAUACAUCUUAUCAAGUGGAAACGGGGCCAUUGGCACUUGUCUCCCGAAAUGACACGGGCCAGACACCUGAUAGUAGGACUUUUAUCAGGUAUCCAGACGAUAUUCUUGAUCGACAAUGGGAUCCCUAUGAUGACCCCGAUGAUUGGACACAAUUAAACACCGCAUCCCCCAUCAACUCUGAAUCUGACGACCCUUACCAAAUUCCAUCUGUUGUUAUGCGCACUGCUUCAACGCCAAAAAAUCCAAGUGAUUCCUUGAUAAUUGUUUUAUCGUUGCCUGACAAAGAUGCUGAAUAUUACAGUUACCUGCACUUUGCAGAAGUUGAAAGCCUCCAACUCAACCAAUCUAGAUUGCAACAAGUUUCGGACGGAGCCAGCACUUCUGAGCCAUUUGCUCCUCGAUACUUGUCAAGAAAUACCAUUUACGACCCUUACCCUCGGCGCAGUGGUGGAAAAUAUGUUAAUAUUUCAAUAACUAGGGCUGAGAACUCUACCCUUCCACCUAUCCUCAAUGCUUUCGAGAUUUAUAUGGUUAAACACUUAGUAGAAGCAGAAACAAACCAAGAAGAUGUUGAUGCAAUCGCAUCGAUCAAGUCAACUUAUAAUAUUAAAAGAAAUUGGCAAGGAGAUCCAUGUGCCCCUCAAGAUUACGUUUGGCAAGGAGUAAAGUGUAACUAUCAAGAAUUUGAACCAAGAAUCAUAUCCUUGGACUUGUCCUCGAGUGGCUUAACAGGAGAGAUAGCUGCUUAUAUAUCCAAUCUCACAAUGAUACAGUAUUUGGAUCUAUCAAACAACAACUUAACGGGACCAAUUCCAGAAUUUUUGUCUAAAUUCCAGAAUUUGAUUGUCCUGGCAAAGUUCCCCACUGCCUUGAGAACCAUAGACUGGUCAACAAGUCAGCUUUCUUUGGUGUGCGAGCGUGCCACUGCUAGUAAUAAAAAUUCUAGCAGACUUAGUCUAGAAUGGAUAACUUGCGCCCCAAGUUACUGA